AUGCCGAAACCUGUAUUCACGUUGGCAGAAGGCCAGCCAGUUGCAGACCCAUCCGUUAGUACUACGUUGCCUACUACUAUUGGCAGCGGAGGCCUCACGACUUUGGGUGACACCCUCCUUAUCGAGACGCUUACGCACUUUAACCGCGAGCGUAUUCCUGAACGAGUUGUUCAUGCCAAAGCUGCAGGAGCUUGGGGCGAGUUCGAGGUCACCAGCGAUAUAUCCUCCCUCACCUCGGCCAAGUUCCUCAAUGGCGUGGGCAAGAAAACCCCUGUGCUUUUCCGUCUUAGUACCACUGGCGGUGAGAAGGGCAGUGCAGACACCGUCCGGGAUGUGCGAGGCUUCUCUGUCAAGUUCUUCACAGAGGAUGGCAACCACGACAUUGUAGGGAACCAUGUUCCGGUGUUCUUUGUACGUGAUCCAGUGAGGUUUCCGUCCCUAAAUCGAAGUCACAAAAGGCAUCCCGCCACUAACCGGCCGGAUUGGACUAUGUUCUGGGACUUCCAUGUCAACCAGCCGGAGAGCGUCCACGCUUUGGUCCACCUGUUUGGCUCUCGCGGUAUUCCUGAUUCGAUCCGUCGAGUGACAGGUUUUGGUGUGCAUACCUUUAAAAUGGUGGCAGCUGAUGGCAGGUUCCGCUAUUGCAAAUUCCACUUCCGGCCGACUCAGAACAUCACCCAUUUUUCCGGACAAGAAGCCACCCGCGUGGCUGGGGCAAAUGCUGAUUUCCAUACUCAGGACCUGUGGGAUGCCAUCUCUGGUGGACAGUUCCCAACCUGGAAACUGUACGUGCAGGUGAUGGAGCUCGAGCAGGCGGAGACCUACGGCCGCGCUCUGUUUGACAUCACGAAAGUCUGGCCGCACAAGGACUUCCCCUUGAUUGAAGUUGGCCAGAUGACUCUAAACAAGAAUCCAGAGAAUUAUUUCGCCGAGAUCGAACAAGCGGCUUUCUCGCCUUCUAACAUGGUCCCUGGGAUUGCCAUGACACCUGAUCCUAUGUUGCAGGCACGCAUGUUUGCCUAUCCUGACGCUCAGCGAUACCGCCUGGGAGUGAACUACACGCAACUCCCUCCAAAUCGUGCAAUCUGCCCUGUUUACGCCCCCUAUGAGCGCGACGGCAUGGGAACCGUGACCCGAAACUAUGGCGGUGACCCCAACUACGUGCGUAGUACGUUAAGCCCAGGUGUGCCCAGCCAGGUGGUUUCAGACGUGCGACACACCGAACGCAUCGCACAUAAUGCUAUCCUCGGCCAGAAUGAGAUUUUGGUUGAUGAUGAGGAUUACGUCCAACCACGAGAGUUAUGGAACAGGGUCUUUGAUGAGACCGAGAAAAGGCAAUGGGUGGCCAAUGUGUCGGAGACCUUGGAGAGCGUGCCUGCACAGCUGAAGGAGGCUGUCAUUGCAAUGUUCAGCAAGGUCGAUCCUCGUAUUGGUCAAUUGAUAGAUGCUAAGACUAAGAAUAGCUCACACCUUUGA